GGAAUUUUAAAAAAAAAAAAAAAAAAGAAAGAAAGAAAGAAAUCUCCUGGAGCCUAUAGCUCCGCCCACUUUCUUGAGGUUUUCAAACAGGUCCGCUAGAAGGAACUAUAAGCCCAGGUUCACAGCUCACAGAACUACUAGCAAAUUGCUGUUUGGUUUUAGACGUGUUGUUGUGAAAGAUGUCCGGCCGAGGUAAAGGUGGCAAAGGGCUGGGUAAGGGAGGCGCUAAGCGCCACCGGAAGGUCUUACGGGACAACAUCCAGGGUAUUACGAAGCCCGCCAUUCGCCGUCUGGCUCGCCGUGGUGGUGUGAAGCGCAUCUCUGGCCUCAUCUAUGAGGAGACCCGGGGAGUGCUCAAAGUGUUCCUGGAGAACGUGAUUCGUGAUGCGGUGACUUACACGGAGCACGCCAAGCGCAAGACGGUCACGGCCAUGGAUGUGGUGUAUGCGCUGAAACGCCAGGGCCGCACCCUUUACGGCUUCGGCGGCUGAGGUGUGCCUGCGGCUUAUCUCUAGAUCCCAAAAGGCCCUUUUUAGGGCCCUCAAAACGUCAAGAAAAGAGUUGGUAGUGCUUAAACUGCCGUGUGAAUUUGCAGAUAGAUGCUUCAAAUGAAGCGUUAAUUGGGGUUAGGCUUGAGGCUUGGGGAGGUGUGAGCCGCAGAGCUCGAGCCGGGAACCUAGCGUCCGCGCUUAGAACGUAGCCUGGGAAAUAACGGCGCAGGGCAGUAGUGAUUUUGCUCUCUGUUUCAGAGCCGGACUGCCGACGUUGGAUUCCUUUUGGGAAAAGUAGGCAUCGCUACCUUUCCAAACCCACGUCUUGGAAGUGGUACACGCUUCUUAGCGGGGGAGGCUUCGGGCCCUGAGCAUAUAUAGAAUGGCUUGUAUGCAAAUAGGGUGAGCCGGCUAUCCUCCUCCGAUUGGAUAGGAGGCGUCAGAGGGGGCGGUUCUCGCUGGUGCUACCCGGGUUCUCGCUGGUCGACCCGCUCCGUCUCUGAGACCGCGGAUGUCGCGGCGUCCAAUAGGAAAGCUCGAGGUGCAGGCGUAGUGUGGCGCGCCGGAGUCUGCCGGGUGUGAAUAUUUUAUUUUUUCACUGACUUUGUGAGUAAGGGGUAACCCAGCUCAGGCGCUGAAUGCAGGGUGGCUGCGUGUGGGCGAAGUCCAGGCCUGGGCCUGAGCCCUCGGCCCCUGCGCUAGCCGUGGGUCAGCUGCACAAAGAUAGACGCGCCGAGCAGGUCUGCAUGUAUGGACUGGAUUGGAGACAGGCUGGAAUAAUAUGGAGCUGUUGUUUGGCUGUUUCCCUGGGAGUGAAUCACCUGUGGUGUGACUCUUCAACCCCAGCUAUUAUUUUAACCCGUAUAACUAGGAGGAAGUAAUCCUUCAGCUGCCUUGGCGUGUUGGGGAAGAGUAAUGUCCAGCUUCUCUACAGGAGGAUACAGAGUUCCUUUUUCAGGAUUGACAUAUCAACCCAACCAACCACUCUUGGCAGCCUACGGCCUGUUUCCUUCUGUGUGUCGGAGGGCUUUUGUGUUCUACUGAAGAGUAUAUCUCAUAAAUCUGGCAACUCAGUGUUCCAUUAUUUGUUUUUGACCCUUGAAACUUUCCCAGCAGAACCUGCCUCUCUUUAAUCAUGAUCUACAUGCUGGUAGUUUUACAACAUAAAGAAGACACAUAAUGUUUGCCUUAAAGGAUCCAGAAAGGACUGUCAUCUUGUUUGUUCCCUUCUGAAAAUCUUCCUGGUUCCAUGCUAUAACCAAAGGGUUCCCAGAACUGCAUCUGCCUUCUGUCUUCAUAUCUGAAUUAAAAGCACCUGACAGUUACAACUUC